AUGGAUAUUGUGCUAAAACUAAUAUUUUUCCUCUAUUUGCAUUUGUUUUUUACCGUCGACGGCCAAAAAAUUCACGGGUCGACAAAAGAAUCUAACCUGGAUGCCGUCAAGGAUCUCGUGACUGGCCUUCCCGGUCAACCCGACGUGAGUUUUCGGCAUUAUGCCGGUCACGUCACGGUAAAUGAGAAAAACGGACGAGCACUUUUUUACUGGUUUUACGAGGCCAUAAAUUUUCCCGGUGAGAAGCCUUUAGUGCUGUGGCUAAAUGGAGGUCCUGGUUGUUCUUCUGUGGGAUAUGGAGCAUCAGAAGAGAUUGGACCUUUUUUAUUAGUGGACAAUAAAAAUGGGAGUGAUUUGAAAUUAAAUCCUUUCUCUUGGAACCAAAAGGCUAAUUUACUGUUCUUGGAAUCUCCAAUUGGCGUUGGCUUUUCGCACACCAACACCAGCGGCGAUUAUGAUACUUUGGGUGACGACUUUACAGCACAGGAUGCCUAUGCUUUCCUCCAAAAGUGGUUCCUCAAGUUCCCUUCCUAUCGUGCAACACCAUUUUAUAUUGCUGGCGAAAGUUAUGCAGGGAAGUAUGUGCCUGAGCUAGCAGAGGUUAUUAUUGACAAGAACACAAAAUCCUCCUUGUUCAUCAACCUAAGAGGCAUUCUGCUCGGAAAUCCUGAAACGCACGAUGCCGAGGACUGGAAAGGCAUGGUGGAUUACGCGUGGAGCCAUGCAGUUGUGUCAGACGAGACCUACAGGAUUAUCGAGCAGUCUUGCAAUUUUUACAGAAAGGACACAUGGGACAAUCUUAUUUGUCGAGGGGCCGUGGACGAAUUACUUAAACAGUAUCACGAGAUCGAUAUCUACAGCCUCUACACACCCACAUGCAUGAUCAGCAUCUCGUCCGGUUCGGAUCAAAAGUCGAGUCUAGUCACAGCCAGAGGCUCCUCAAAGAUGAUGCCGAGAGUCAUGGGUGGUUACGACCCAUGCUUGGAUAACUACGCGAAAUCAUAUUACAAUCGACCGGAUGUUCAGAAAGCCCUUCACGUUGUCUCUAUCAUGAGGUUCAAGUCCCUCGAUUUUCAGAAUAGCUGCAACAAUGUCACGUGUAAAAAUCUGCUCAAUCGAAUUUCUAUUCCAUCUUCUGCAAGAACUGUCCAUUAG